AUGACACCGCCCGCAACUUAUUAGUACUAGGAGAACAAAUCGAUCGCACAUCUCGUAGAACAACAACCGCCCACAGCUAAGCUAGCUAGCAAGCUUUCUUUCAAUGCAGCUUUCAGGUAAGUAGACGAAUAUUGUCUCGGGCUGGCUAUGGCGGAGGGUAGUGCGGCCAGCCUUCCUCCAGGAGACCCGCAACUCAUCGCUAUGAUUGUGGAGCAUUUGAAGAACCGGGGGCUUUUUGACGAGUUCCGUCGGGACUGUUUGGCCGACGUCGAUACUAAGCCUGCCUUUCAAAACCUGCGACAGAAAGUGGACAACUUUGUCACAUCUCAGCUGAGCACCCAAGACUGGAACCCGUCCAUCAACAAGAACCAGAUGAGGAACGGACUGAGACAGAGUGUUGUCCAAUCGGGUAUGCUGGAGUCCGGCGUGGACAGGAUCAUAACUCAGGUUGUGGACCCCAAAAUGAACCACACAUUUCGGCCGCACAUAGAAACGGCCAUCCACGAUUUCCUGUCGGGGGAAAGGAAGGAAGAGAGCACCUCGGGUUCCAACUCUGCACCAUCAGAACCAACAGAACCACAGGAGGCACCGCCACCUGCUUCUGGCCCCAAAACUCCCUCCUCAGCUAUGCAGGUGUCCUCCGGGGUCGCCGUGUUUUUCCUGCUACUGGUGUGUCUUCAGGUGCUGGCCGUGGAUCUGCACGAUGUUCAGGAGAAGCACACGAGCCACGUCAAAAGACGCCUCUCUUUGCAAAGUACAGCGGAGAUCCAGAGUUGCCUGGUGAGUUCAGGGGACGUCGGCUGUGGGAUGUUUCAGUGUUUCAGCAACAACUCCUGUGACAUCCAAGGGCUGCACCAAAUAUGUCUCACUCUGCUGCACAACGCUGGCCGCUACGACUCACAGGGCAAGUCGUUUGUGAAGGACGCGCUGCGUUGCAUGGCGCUGGGACUGCGGCAGCGCUUCAGCUGCGUGAGCCGGCGGUGCUCCGCGGUAAAAGACAUGGUGUUCUCACUCCAGAGAGAGUGCUACACUAAACACCAGCUCUGCCUGGCACUGAGGGACCACAUGGACACCAUGGGAAACCUGGUGCAGUUCCACUUGAUGUUCCCUCCAGGGCCGUACGUGGAGCUGAUGAACUUCCUGUUGAAGUGUGGUGACGAGGUCAGGACGUGGGUCGGGCGGCGGCUGCACGGACAGUGCGAGCAACACUGGGGGGCGCUUUGUGGCAUGUUCUCCAGUAUCUGCCCUCUCAGCCAGUCUGAUGCUCUGCAGCACACUACCACCACCCACACUCCCACCACGGUGCCCUGGCCUACCACGGCUCAGGGGCCACAGCAGCAGCAGCAGCAGCAGCAGCAGCAGCAGCAGCAGACGAUAGAGGCCGACCCAGAGGGCCGGAGCACAGUCAGACAGAUCGACAACGCAACAGAAUCUGGUCUCCCCGAGUCUGAGAGAUCAAAUGUCACCACUACUUAAGACGGGCGACACACACAGAGGUGCAGACAGGGUACACAGUAACAAUACAUCAUGCACUUAUUAUUAUCGCUAUUAUGUUAGCAGUAGAAUGAGUAAAAGCUGUAGUUUAGAGUCUUCAGUAAUGCAACAUAACUUAUUCAAUCUGUGCGGUGUUUGUGUUAUAUUAAUAUUUUUCUUAACAUUUGACUUUGUAAAAGAUUGAAAACCAGUUAUCUACCUCACGUCUGUCCUUCACUAACGGGCAUGGACACACACAAGUCUACUCUACAGGGAAUGUGUCUGUAGCUCAGGUGCAGCCAAUGGCUCAGAUUUCAAACUAUUUAAGCCCGAUUUUGUAUUUAUGAGAAGAUUGUUUUAUUAUGGACCUUAUAGCUGGUGCUUGUAGACAGUGGAGGAGCGCUCUGCAUCGAGGGAAGCAUUCUUUGGUUCUGUUUUAAAUAUGUUUUAAUGUUCUACCUGGACAGUCAGACCACAGAUCUCACACUGGGUUUCAUGUAAUGUUGUUGUUUUUUUUUUUUGUUCAUCUUUAUUUCAAUGAAUUGUAAAAAAAAAACCACACGCACACAGUUGUAAACAAUGUCAAGCUACGAUGGCGUCAGCGGCCAGAGAGAGGUUGUGUUAAUUAAGCCAGUUCUGUCCCGGUUAAUGGUUCUUCACAUAAAUUCAGUGUUGCAUCUAAAAAAAAUUAUAUGUCGAGUUUUUUUGACGUCUGCAGUCACUUUUGCAGUGAAGCUGCACAACAACGCACCCCUUAAAUAUUAAAUGUUGUCCAAACAAACCGGCGGGCCAUCUGAGGUUUAUCAGAUUACUGAUUCAGUAGCCUGGACGUUUGACUGGUGAAGUAAACAACAACUGUGUCUCUGUAAUCUACAGUUUAACAAUGAAACAAAAAAGGACCGUAUAGCAGAUCGUGACCUGUUCCUUGGUUAGUUCUGAAUGUCAGGUAAAAUCGAUGCCUCUGCGGUUUCUAAAAUUAACUUCACACAGCUUCAGGUCAGAAAGUUGGCAGAAACUCAGCUAUAUCUCUUGAACCUCACUUUGAAUGCAACAGCAAACAUUUCCUGCAGGACUAACCCUCUAAAAGUGUGCACCAUUAGUCCACUCAGUACAAAUAGUCCCAUCAAGAUGAUGCAGCCACAGAAAUCUUAAGUGCGGUCACGGAGGCUCAUCCGUCGUGAGACCAUUUGCGAGAAAAAAAUAGAUGCUGCGGUUACACCCGCUGACAGCCUGUUGAAGAUUUACGCUUUCCUUUCGAAUAAACUCUCAAAUAUCAGCUUCACUCGCUACACUAUUUGAAGAAGUCCUAUUUAAGCUGACCUUAAAACCCACAUUUUGCAUAUUUUACAUUCGGAGUGAUAGGUUUUCGCUUGUCACCACGUGUUCGC